AUGAUCCCCAGGGAGCUUCGAACCGAGGACAGGAUGGUACAUCCCAGCAGGACGCCUACCCUCGUCGCUGUGCUGCCGCCCGAUCUCAGCCGGCAUCUCGGCGACCUCCUCGCAGCCGGGCAUGGCGCCGACGUGACGUUCCAGGUUGCCGGCGAGACGUUCAGGGCGCACAGGUACAUUCUGGCGGCCAGAUCGUCGGUGUUCAAGGCACAAUUCUUGGGCGCCAUGAGGGAGAGCAAUGUCAGCAGCCAAGCGUACCCGAUACGCAUGGCUGACAUGGAGCCACAGGUGUUCCGGGGUUUGCUCGCUUUCUUGUACGCCGACGCACUGCCAGAUUAUUGCUCUUCGGGUCAAGAAGACGAAGCAGCCGCGAUGGCUCAGCAUCUGCUUGUCGCCGCAGACAGGUACGGCAUGGAGAGGCUGAAGCUCGUUUGCGAAGAUAGCCUGUGCAAGCACAUUGAUACAGGCUCUGUGGCGACCAUCUUGGCUUUGGCUGAGCAGCACAACUGCCAGGGGCUGAAGAAGGCCUGCUUCCGGUUCAUGAUCAGGUCCUCUUCAGCUCUGAAUGAUGUACUGGCAACUGAUGGGUUCAACAUUUACCCCGAAGCUAGUACUGGUGUUUAA